AUAGCAUUGAUUCGACUUUUGUGCCUGCGCAUGUCCCUUCAGGCUUGCCGUAGGUUCCGGAGCGGUCAAACGGUGUCGGUCAAAGUUUAGUUACACUCGUGCUGACUGCUUCAAGGCAGCCGAAACUGCGCACGGUUCUCCACGAUGACAGCACGGAAUAUUUCUCGGUUCUGGGAAUGGGGGAGGAAGAUCAUUUGCGUUGGGAGAAACUAUGCGGAUCACGCCAAAGAGCUGAAAAACGCGAUUCCUAAGGAGCCUGUCUUAUUCCUGAAGCCUCCUACUGCAUAUGUAAGAGAGGGCUCGCCUAUCUUGGUGCCCCUUUACACCAGUAAUCUGCACCAUGAAGUGGAGCUGGGGGUGGUGAUCGGGAAAGGGGGCACGGCCAUCCCGCAGUCCGCCGCUAUGGAGCAUGUUGCGGGUUAUGCUCUGUGCUUGGACAUGACAGCCCGAGACGUCCAGGACGAGUGCAAGUCCAAAGGUCUGCCCUGGACCAUGGCCAAGGCUUUCAACACCUCCUGUCCGGUCAGCGAGUUCAUCCCCAAAGAGCGCAUCCCUGACCCGGGGAAGGUCAACCUGUGGCUGAAAGUAAAUGAUCAGCUUCGACAGAGCGGCUGCACGUCUCAGAUGAUCUUCUCCGUCCCGUAUCUCAUCAGCUACAUCAGCGACUUCAUCACCUUGGAGGAAGGGGAUCUCAUCCUGACCGGGACCCCUAAAGGAGUCUCCGCCGUGCAGGAGCACGAUGAGCUGCAGGCUGGGAUCGAGGACAUUGUUACGAUGAGCUUUAGAGUAGACAGACAAGACCAUUAGCGGGAAAAGAGACUUAAUUAAGGCAGAGGAGAUAAAGACUCGUGAGGAGAAGAUGCUUCAAUCUUUUUUAAAAUCUUUGCGCAUCAGCAGAUGGCAGUGCUGUGCCACCGAGACUGUAUUUCUGAUCAAUUCUUGCUGCCUUGCCCAGCAUUUUAGAAGGGCCGAAAUACAACACACAGUUUCGUGACACCGUGUGAGCAAAAUCAGGGCAACUAUAAUCUAUUUUACUGUAUUUUAGCCAUGAUAUAAAAAACAUAUUCAUCACACAGUGUCACUAUCUCUUUCACCAGACUAUGAAGUAAUUUAUAGUAUUAAAAUUAAAGGUGAAAUGAUGUAAAAAAUAAAUAAAUAAAAUAAAACAAAAAACAACUCAACUAAAAUGAGCAUUAGAUCAUUAUAUUUUUGUAAUUUAUUAUUCUUUUUUAAUCAUCUGCUGUAAAAAAAAAAUAAAUAAAUAAAUA